AUAAGGAGUGGGAGUGCAAGUUCAAAUCGUAACAGUUAUAGCAGGCUAGAAAUUAUCAUCAUGGGUUUUGCAAAGUCUGAGCUAGUGUUUGUCUGUUUAUCUUGUGCUAUUGUUGGAGRAUCUGUAGUCAGUSCUUACUGUGGCAUUUCUCURGCGGUUCUUUUCGUUUGUGAACUGUUGUGGCAAUCAUACCACAUGAAAACAACUUUAAAUGUCCAUUUCCAGAAYUUGCACAAGUAUCCGAKACUCAUCAAUGAAACUGCUGCUAUGCUCUUACAGGAAUGGCCAUCGCCUGAAGGAAAUCAUGGCGAACCUGAGAGAAAUUUUGUCAGYACAGCAAGCUUGUAUGAAUCCAGUGACAAGUUUCCUUGUCAUCUUGUAGCAUAUACGACAAAUGAUGAAGUCGUCGCACACGUUUGUUUGUCCAUUAGCAAUAAUUCGAACUCCAAAAGUUACUCCAAGUACGUGAAAAUGCUUCAAAAUGGAGUUCCUUUGCUUGCAGUAAAAAAUAGUGCAAAACUUGCAGGACUAAAACCUGACUUCCUGGAUAGUCRUGGAAUAAUUGACCACACAUUUGACCUUACUGAACAUAYCCCAGGAUAUGAYGGGUACAUGUCAAGCCUAUUAGUUAAACCAAGCUUCAGAGGCCGGGGAUUGGGCAAGGCCAUGUGCGGCUAUGCAGUUUUGGUAGCCCAAGAGCUUGAAAUAAUYAGGAUUGUGGGUGGAUGUGCUAAUAAAGUCCUUCCAUUCUAUAUAAYAAUGGGUGUUUGUAGGGAUACAGCACCUAAAAGAGAUGAUYUUCCCUCAGUUCAUCUGGGAAAUUACAUGUACUUAGACUUGGGCAAUGAUGUCAUUGAAACAGCACYUGCAUUGAUGUCAAAAUAUUGUGUAAUGUCAGAUGACAAAGAAAAUUGAAUAYGAUGACAGAAGCAAUACAGCACAAUUUCAGUCAACAUAGUCAUACAGUAAUGAUGGACUUUUAUCCCGUCAUAUUCAAGAAACUAGUGCAUAACAGCUCAAGAAAAACAUCAAUUCAUUGCACU